UAACAUCCAAUUAUAUAUGGAUUGGAUUUGCGAUAGUAAAGAAUUAUUGGACAACAAAGUUUAUAGAUUGAAUGACGAAAAAGUAAUGAAUUGGUUAAAAAAAAAGGUUACAAACACCUUAUCCAAAUUUGAUAAUGAUAAAUAUAAAUCUUUUAAAAAAAUCAGCCAACAAUUGGAUGAUGAGAUAGUCGACGAAGAACAUCGACAUGAUCUUCGAUUAAAAUACACGUUAGAAAUUGUUAUGGAAUAUCUACCAAAUUAUUGGGCCGAGCAAUUGAAAAAAGAAUACAAUUUUGAAGAACUUGGCACAUGGGAUAAUAAUACUGUCGUAUACAUGUCGGCAAUUUCUACUGAUUAUCGUGUGAAACAACCUGUUGAAAAAGAUACCAGUUCGACUGUAAAGAAACGUAAAUUAACAGUCGGGCAAGCAUCUUUGGCUAAAGCUAAUAAAAAAGGAAUGAAACCACUAACAUCUUUCUUUGCUAAAAGUUCGCAAGCAAAUGAUAAAAUCUAG